CUGCUCUCUUGGGGAGCAGAACUGGGGAGCCAGCUGCAACAAGAGUUCCUGUUCUCUGGCCAGGCAGGUCAGCCAGCCCUGCGGCCACUUCCUCGGUGGAGCAGGCUUUGGGGCUGACGAGGCCUGAGGUGUCCCUAUCCCUCUGUGCUCAGCCAGCCUGUCAUCCCACCCUAUUGAGCACCAGACCCACCUAAGAACUGAAUAUGUGCUUCCUACUCUGCCUGCUCCUCCUCGCCUCGGCCUUCCCACCAGGCCAGACCUCAUGGGGGGUCUCCACUCCCAAUGACCUUCAGGGUGUGAAGGGGUCUUGCGUGUACAUCCCCUGCAUCUUCAGCUUCCCUGAAAGUGUGGAGGUGACCAGUGGUAUCACAGCCAUCUGGUACUACGACUACUCAGGCAGGCGGCAGGUGGUAAGCCACUCAGGGAACCCCACACUGGUGGAAAAGCGCUUUCAGGGUCGUGCCCAGCUGCUAGGCUCUGUUGAGCGCAAGGUGUGUGACCUGCUGCUGAAGGACCUUGAGCCUGAGGACUCUGGCUCCUACAAUUUCCGCUUUGAGAUCAGUGAAGGCAACCGCUGGUCAGAUCUCAAAGGCACCUUGGUCACAGUGGCAGAGGAGCCCAAUGCUCCCACCAUCACUGUCCCAGUGGAGCUGCGUGAGGGCAUGGAGGUGAAGUUCAACUGUUCCACACCCUAUGAGUGCCUGCAAGAGAAGGUCAGCCUGCAGUGGCAGGGCCAGGACCCCACUCGCUCUGUCACCUCAAGCCUUCAAAAGCUUGAGCCUACUGGCGUCAGCCGCAUGGAGACCCUCCACAUGGUCCUGUCCUGGCAGGACCACAGCCGUAUCCUGAGCUGCCAGGUCUCUGUGGCCAACCAUAGCAGUAAGAAAGAGGUUCACCUCCACGUGCAGUAUGCCCCCAAGGGCGUGGCGAUCCUCCUUAGCCCUUCUGGGCAGAACAUUCUUCCAGGGGAUCUAGUCACGCUCACCUGUCAAGUGAACAGCAGCUACCCUGCCGUCAGUUCCAUACAGUGGAUGAAGGAUGGGGUGCGCCUCAAGGACAGCGGCCACGUGCUGCAGUUCUCCCAGGCAACCUGGAAUGAUGCCGGGGUCUAUACCUGCCAAGCAGAGAAUAAUGUGGGCUCCAUGGUCUCAGCUCCAGUCAAUCUCCAUGUCUUUAUGGCUAAGGUCAAGGUAAGCCCAGAAGGCCCCAUCCUGGAGAACCAGACAGUGACGCUGGCCUGCAGCAUACCCAACGUGGCGCCCAUGGACCUCUACUACAGCUGGUACAGGAACCACGCCCUUCUGGAGGGCGCCCACAGCCCCACCUUGCAUCUGCCUAAGGCCACCAGGGCUGACACUGGUUUCUACUUCUGCGAGGUGCAGAACGACUAUGGCAGCAGGCGCUCUGGCUCCGUCAGCGUGGUGGUGAGACACCCACCCCUUGCUCCAGACCUGACUGCCUUCCUGGAGACACAGGCUGGACUCGUGGGCAUCUUCCACUGUUCUGUGGUCAGUGAGCCCCUCGCCACUCUGGUGCUGUCACAUGGAGGCCGGCUGCUGGCUUCCAGCUCAGGGAAGAAUGACUCCAGCCCCCGCUUCAGGGCUUUCUCUGCUCCCAACUCCCUGCGCCUAGACAUCCAAGACCUUCAGCCAGCUGACAGUGGGGAGUAUGCAUGCUCAGCCACCAACUCCCUUGGACACGCAACCUCUACCCUGGAUUUCCAUGCCAAUGUGGCACGCCUUCUCAUCAGCCCUUCAGCUGAGGUGGUGGAAGGACAGGCAGUGACCCUGAGCUGCAGGAGUGGCCUGAGCCCGACCCCUGACACACAAUUCUCCUGGUACCUGAAUGGGGCACUGCUUCUUGAAGGACCUGAAAGCAGCCUACAGCUCCCUGCAGCCUCCAGUACCAACGCCGGCUCAUACUACUGUCGGGCCCAGAACAGCGCCGGCACCAGUGGCCCUUCUCUGCCUGCCAUCCUCACCGUGCUCUACCCCCCACGCCGGCCCACAUUCACUGCCCAGCUGAACCCAGAUGCCUCUGGAAUGGGAGAUGGAUGGCAUGGCCUUCUCUUGUGCCAAGUGCACAGUGAUCCCCCUGCCCAGCUAAGGCUGCUCCACAAGGGCCAUGUUGUGGCCAGUUCUCUGUCAUCAAGGGAUGACUGUAGCACCCAUGGGGGCUGCUCUCAGCGCAUAAAGGUCAGCAAAGCCUCCAACAUGCUGCGUGUGGAGAUUCACAAGCCUGUGCUGGAGGAUGAGGGCACGUACUUGUGUGAAGCCAGCAGUGCUUUGGGCAACGCCUCCUCCUCAGCCACCUUCAAUGCUAAGGCUACUGUCCUGGUCAUCACACCAUCGGAUACGCUGCACGAGGGCGCAGAGGCCAACCUGACUUGCAAAGUGAGACGGGAAGCUGUUGGCAGCCCUGCCAACUUCUCCUGGUUCCGGAAUGGAGUGCUGUGGUCCCAGGGGCCCCUGGAAACUGUGAGGUUGCAAUCUGUGGCCAGGACCGACGAGGCUCUUUUUGCCUGCCACCUCCUCACCGAGGCUGGAGCCCAGCUCUCUGCUCCUGUGGUCCUCAGUGUGCUGUAUGCCCCAGACCCUCCAAAGCUGUCAGCCUUCCUGGACGUGGGCCAGGGCCAUAAGGCUGUGUUUGUCUGCACUGUGGACAGUCGUCCUUUGGCUCACCUGUCCUUGUUCCGUGGGGAGCAUCUCCUGGUCACCAGCAUGGGACCCCAGCAACCAUCCCAUGGCAGGCUCCAGGUCAAGAUCACAGCCAACUCCCUGCAGCUGGAGAUUCGAGACCUGGGUCUUGAGGACUCUGGAAGCUACCGCUGUGAGGCCACAAAUGCGCUUGGAUCAGCCAACACCUCUCUUUUCUUUCAGGUCCGAGGAGCCUGGGUCCAGGUCUCACCAUCACCGGAGCUCCAGGAGGGCCAGGCCGUGGUCCUGAGCUGCCAAGUGCCCUUGGGGGUCUCUGAGGGAACAUCGUAUCGUUGGUAUCAGGAUGGCCGGCCCCUCCAGGAGGCAACCUCAGCUACACUCCGGAUUGCAGCCAUAAGUCUGAGGCAAGCUGGUGCCUACCAUUGCCAAACCCAAACUCCAGGCACAGCCGCCACCAGCUUGGCUGCCCCUGUCAGCCUACACGUGUCCUAUACCCCACGCCACAUCACUCUCAAUGCCCUACUAGACACAGGCCCUGGGCGACUGGGCCUCCUCGUGUGCAGUGUGAAUAGUGACCCUCCAGCCCAGCUGCAGCUGCUUCGCCAGGGCCGCCUUGUGGCCUCUACUCUACGAGGUGUGGAGGAACUGGCAAGCAGAAGUCCACGGAUGCAUGUGACUCUGUCUCCCAAUGAACUGCGUCUGGAGAUCCACGACACUGAGCUGGAUGAUGGUGGCACUUACACCUGCAAAGCCACCAACACUCUGGGCGAAGCCUCAACUGCAACUGACUUUGAUGCCCAGGCCGUGAGGGUACAGGUGUCACCCAAUACCACUGUGCGAGAGGGGCAGCAGGUGAACCUGACUUGCCUGGUGUGGACUACCCGCCUGGUUCCAAUCAGCUAUAUGUGGUACCAGGGUGGGCAGCAUUUCCCUGGAGCCCGUUCUGUCUCCCUACCUAAUGUCACAGUCACAGAUGCUACCUCCUACCGCUGUGGUGUGGGACUCCCUGGCCAAUCACCCCACCUGUCCAGACCUGUCACCUUGGAUGUCCUGUAUGCGCCCCGCAACCUGCGGCUGACCUAUCUUCUGGAGAGCCAGGGCAGACAGCUGGCCCUGAUACAGUGUACUGUGGACAGUCGCCCACCUGCCCAGCUGGCCCUCAGCUAUGCUGGCCGCCUCCUAGUCUCUUCAGCUGCAGCCUCUGUCCCCAACAUCCUGCGCCUGGAGCUGCGAGACCCAAGGCCCAGGGAUGAAGGACUGUAUAGCUGCUCUGCCCGCAGCCCACUUGGGCAGACCAACACAUCCCUGGAGCUUCGGCUGGAGGGUGUACGGGUGACUCUGGCUCCCUCUGCUACUGUGCCUGAGGGGUCCCCUGUCACAGUGACCUGUGAGGAUCCUGCUGCUCUCCCACCUACCGUCUAUGCCUGGUACCACAACGGCCAAUGGCUGCAGGAGGGACCCACCGCUAGGCUCCGGUUCCAGGUGGCCACACGGGCUCGCGCUGGAGCUUACUCUUGCCAGGUCCAUGACAGCCAGGGCACUCGCAGCUCCCAACCUGUGGCCCUACAAGUCCUCUAUGCCCCUCGGGAUGCCAUCCUGUCCUCCUUCUGGGACUCGAGGGCCAGGCUCACGGCUGUGCUGCAGUGCACCGUGGACAGUGAACCGCCUGCUGAGCUGUCCCUGUCCCACAAUGGCAAGGUGCUGGCCACCAGCCAUGGGCUUCAUGGCUUAGCAACAGAGAUGGGCCACGUCCAGGUGGCCAGAAAUGCACUUCAGCUACAGAUGCAAGAUUUGACUGCUGGCAGUGACACCUAUGUCUGCACAGCCCACAAUGUGCUAGGCUCAGUCAGCACCUCCCAGCAGCUGUGGAGGGAGACCAGUGCACAGGUAGUGGCUGAACCAGGUUUGGAUGUACCUGAGGGUGCAGCCCUGAACCUGAGCUGCUGCCUCCCUGGUGGUUCCAAGUCUGUGGGCAACUCCACCUUCACGUGGUUCUGGAAUGGCCGGCCACUGCACGCAGAGCCUGCGCCCUUGCUUGCCUUCAUUCGUGUGGCUCAGGCCCAGGCUGGGCUGUACCACUGCAGGGCUGAGCUCCCCCCCAGGACUGCCACCUCCGCCCCAGUCCUGCUCCGUGUCCUCUACCCUCCCAAGACACCCACCAUGACAGUAUUUGUGGAGCCUGAGGGUGGCCUCCAGGGCAUCCUGAUCUGCCAAGUGGACAGUGAACCUCCUGCCCGACUAACCCUCCACCUCGGCAGCCAACUGGUGGCUUCUAGUGAGCUCCAGGACACUCCCUUGGAGCCCUACAUCCAUGUCUCAGUCUCUGCCAAUGUCUUGAGGAUGGACAUGGAGGAGAUUCUUCCCAGCUACGAGGGGGAAUAUAUGUGCUCUGCCUCCAAUGCUCUGGGCUCUGCCUCUGCCUCCACUUACUUUGGGACUAGAGCCCUGCAUCGUCUACAAGUGUUCCAGCAGUCGCUCUGGAUCCUGGGAUUUCUAGCGGGCUUCCUGUGCCUCCUGCUGGUCCUGGGGGCCUGUUACAGCUGGAGAGGGAGACGUUCUCAUGUGCUGAACAAGAAUGAGAAUUUGGUGGAGAUGUCUACUCAGAAAGACACCACACAGCACCUUGCUCCUGAUGAAGCCACACAUGGGACCACAUCCUGUGCUAUACCCCAGAGUUGACCUGUGACCUUACCUGCCUUCAGGAAGAGGUGGCUGCUACUGUCAAGUGUUGUAAAGAAGACAGCCGGGUCCUGCCCACCUCUGCAAAAGCACGGUGGCAUACCACUUUCUAUGACCUGCCUCCCAAGCCUCUUGCUCCCAAGGAAAAUGGGUAGUGAGGGUUGGGAGCGAAGCCUGCUCAAGAGGAUGUUGCCUCUGGGGGACCCUGAAGAGAACUGAAAUGGUCAUGUUGUCCAGUUCUCUUUGUGCCUGUCUUUUCUUUAUGUCUCCCUCCAUUUUUCUUCCAAAAGAGGCCCUGCCCUUUGCAUCUUUCUCCUCAAAGCCUACGCUGGACUUUUGUCUAGA